CCACUUCCACUUCUUGAAAUAUCUUAAUAUUUGCUAAUAGAUGGUUUCUUUUUAAUGACUAUUAUCAAGUAACGUAGUUGACAACUCUCUUGACAAAAAUACUACACAAAGCAUUUUCUUAGUUUCUGUCCCGUUCAAGUGUAAACUUCGACGUAGUUGUAUUUUGUUACGAAAAUAUGAAAAGGCUGUUUAAUCAUUUGAUUAUACAUAAACAUGCAUUACUGUGACACUUUCCUUUUUUCAUUAAUGCAUUUUUGAAACAUAUUGCAAUGUUUACCUAAUCAUUUAACUCACUAAGAUUUCCAAUGUACCAUUUUCUAGUCGGUCCAGCCAAAAAUGUUUAAACGGGGAUUUAUACCAGAUAGUAUGACUAACAAUACAGCUACUCCUGGUGUCACACCACCAACUUUUAACAUGCAAUUCGGAUCACAAAAUGGAUACUCAUCUUUUACUCCAAAUUAUCAAUUUCCAUACACAUUUUCAUCUUCUACACCACCUAUGUAUAGUUGGGCUAAUACCAAUAGUUCAGAAGUAAUGAAAUUUACUGGUUCUAGUAAUCCACAACCAUUAGAUACAACAUUAUUUCACCAAAAUAAUUUUGGAUCAAUUCCUAAACGAAAAAUGGAAUUGGAUGCAGAUCUUCCUCAACCACCCAAAAUGAGAAUUACAGAAGAAAAAGUGUCUGCAAGUUUACGGGACAUGCACAUCAGUAACAAUUUUGAGAUUCAUAAUUAUUGUCUUGGUAAUAGCAUAAGUAAUAUUGAUGAACCAGAAUGUAUUGCCAUGAAAAAUACUGUAUCAACUAAUGAAGUUGAAGGAGAAUCUCAGACUACAUUAAUUAUGUGUGAGGAAUUAAGAAAACUCAAAAAUUUCGACUCAAUUAUACCUCAACCUUAUCUUAAUGUAGAAAGACCAAAAAAUGCUGUUGCAUUGUGGAAACCACAGUCUAUUAUAGAGUUUGUACGCUCUCUCAGAAACUUAGAAGAGCCAAAAUCAUCUGUUGUAAUCACAGAAAUUACUGAUGAAGAGGAAGUUUUUCAAAAUGAGGUUGUCAUGGAAAGUGAUGAAUGCAUAGCAGAUGAAAUAGAUGAAAUGGAACUAUGAUAUAGUGGCAUGUGUUCAAAGUCAUACCAGUUUUUUCAUGGAAGGCGAGUCAAUUUACUGUUAAAAAUAAAAAAUAAAAUUAAUUAUUAAAUAAAUUAAGGUUUAAUUUUAUU